AUGGCUGCCCUUACGUGUGUAUUUCCAUGUGGCUGGUACUGGGGUCCAAUGAGUUGGGAUGAUGCUGAGAUGAGAUUAGAGAAUACUCCAGAUGGUUCCUUCUUGGUACGAGAUAGUUCAGAUGAUCGUCAUAUACUCAGCUUAACAUUCAGAGUUCAAGGCAGCACACAUCAUACACGCAUUGAACAUCAUAAUGGCAAGUUCAGCUUCUGGUCCCAACCAACAACUCAUGGGAGUUCAUCUAUCGUAGAAUUUAUAGAGGAAGCGAUGCGCCACUCCAGGAAUGGCCGCUUCCUCUACUUCCUUCGUCCAAGAUGGCCAGGACUCCCUCCCGUCCCUCUUCAGCUACUUUAUCCAAUCUCUCGGUUCCAGAAGGCUCGAUCCCUCCAGCACAUGUGCCGCUUUGUCAUCCGCCGACACGUCCGGCUCGACCAUAUUGAUGCCCUCCCGUUGCCAAGACGACUGAAGGAGUAUCUACGGGAAGGGCAGUAUUAUACCCCAGAUGAUAUUAAGCCCUAA